UCGGCGUUUUAUUUGUUUUGAUUCCUCUAUCACGUUUAUUUAUUUAAACAACAAAGAGGGUCUUGUAAAGUAUCCGAUCGAACGAUUCGUUGAGAACCGACUAAGUAUAACAUCUUUGAUGAAGGCGAAAUAUACAUCCUGCGAUGCUACAAUCGACGUUGAAAGUAUGAGUCUAAUCUCAGAGUCGGAUGAUGAAAUUCUCGUAUCUGGAAAGACCGAUGACAGCGGGGUUGAGAUGGUUGUCUAUUGGACUAAUAGACACACUCAUCUCAUUGACAAAGUGAUUAACAUCACUUCUGUGUUUGCAUUUAUCCUACUCUUUGCGUUUAUGGAUUCAUCGUUGUUCUUCCACCAAACGAUGCUAUGUGCAUCUUGUUCACAGUUGGUUCUCAUAAUUCUUAAGAUCAACUCGGAUUGGUGUCCAAUUUUGGCGGUGUAUUCAAUCGUAGCAUCGUUGAACUCGACAAUCUCAUGUAUUUAUGGGAUCUUUAAAUGUUCCAAAUUGUUAUUCUCACUUUCAACAGCAUUAUCGGCUAACGUAUCACAAUCACUGCACAGCUACGACAAACAGUUAACGAGCUUAGUGUCACUACAAGCCUAUAAUGUGAAGUGGGAUAUCACAACGUUUGUCUUGUACAUAGUAUUGGGUCUUAUAGUCUUUGAAGUGGAGAUGGCUGUGAGAUUUGUCGUUGCUAUUCGGGCCCGCCAUAGAGGUUAUGAGAACCCACGCAAGAUGCUUGAGUUUGAUAACGAAAAACUUCUCCGCCAAGAUGCCCUUGACGAAAGAACACCGCUUGAUGAGUCAAUCGAACACAUUGUCUCAAUAUUGUUUGGGAUGUUUGGCUCAACCAGAGACACAGUCAAACUUGGUGAUGUCGAGUCGAGGAGUGGUGACAUCUGUUGAACUGAAAGAAUAAUGAGCAGCUAGAGGGUCUAUUCAUUGAUACAUAAAUAUAUCCAAAGAGCAAGAGAUUUGUCCUAACACGUUGCAAUCAACCAAGUAUUAACUGAACACCCCCACUAAAGAAUGAUUACUUCAUUUGUAGAUGGUUAUAGGUAGAGAAGAACAAUUACCCCCUAUAAAGCCAUUUUCGCUUAUUUGCACGAUACAUUCCAAAUUCGGUUAAUUGUGUUGUGUAAAAGAAACCCACGCCCUUUUCUGAAAUUUCA